UGACUUCUGUCAGAGCUGUACGUGUUGCAGAUGACAAUUUUCGGGGAUCUCCAAGGCAACUUUCUAUGUAAAUGAUGGAGGAAGAAUUAAAACUGGAGUCAGAAGCUACUGAAGAGUCCAAUCUUUCACAAAAUGAUCCAACAGAUGAAGAACUUGAUUUAAAUAUGGAGGGCUUUUCUGAAGACAAAGACGAAGGAGAAUCCUCAUUAAAAGAUGAACUAUGCAACCAGGAGUUGGACACUCAGGAUGGAGAGCAAAAGACCACAAAAGAUCCACUAGUGCCGGAAGACACAGGAAAGCACAAGUCUAUUCAGAAAGAGUUAUCCCACCUUGAGGAUUUAGCUAAUCAAACUGAUGGUCUGAAGAAGCCCUGUCCAUUGUGUCCAGAAGACAGAUUUAGGUCUUGUCACAUCAAUAAACUUCUGAGACACCUGCAGAACUUGCACUGGAAAGUUUCUGUUGAAUUUGAAGGCUACAGAAUGUGCAUAUGUUGUUUACCCUGCUUGCAAAAUACAUCGGAAAAUGAAAAUGAGUUGCCCAAUAAAUCUAGCGCUCACUACCAUUGCAUCAUCUGCUCUGCAAUUGUUGCUCGAAGAAGAACAGAAAUGAUAAGACAUAUCAAACGUCAUGUCGAGAAAGGGGAGAGUCAAGUAAUAUCAUCAGCUGGUAGUAGACCCCAGGAAAUUUUACAUGAAUCGAACACUGAGGUACAAGUUCUUCCCAAUUGUCGCACACCACAAAAAUCUGGAACUUUCUUUAAUCCAGUAAUGAAGACUAACCGACAGCUGAUCGUUUGUGCCCUUGCGGUGUUAAGAGAAGAACGACAACCUCUAGAAUGUCUGGAUGCAUUCAGUGCCACAGGCAUCAUGGGAUUACAGUGGGCAAAGCACUUUGGGAAUUCAGUGAAAGUCACGCUCAAUGACAUUAGUGAGACCUCAACAGCUGUUAUUCGGGAAAACUGUCACCUUAACCAGAUGAAUGUGUUAAUGGAAGACGAAGAGAUAUCUGAAGCAGUGGCCACAAAUAAAGACGAAUUUGUAAACACAGUAGAAGUAACUCAAAUGGAUGCCAAUAUCUUAAUGCACACGCGGCCUUUCGAUUUCAUCCAUUUGGAUCCCUUUGGGACAUCUGUGAAUUAUUUGGAUGCAGCAUUUCGAAAUAUCAAAAACUUGGGUAUUGUGUCCGUGACCUCAACUGAUACUGGAUCAUUGUAUGCCAAAACUGUGCAUGUCGCGAAACGCCACUAUGGCUGCAACAUAAUUAGGACAGAAUACUUCAAGGAGCUGGCAGUGCGGAUUGUCCUGGCUGCUAUUGCUAGAGCGGCUGCUCGCUGUAAUAAAGGCAUUGAGGUUCUGCUCUCCGUUGCUCUGGAGCAUUUCGUCCUUGUGAUAAUACGGGUUCUGAGAGGUCCUUCACUAGCUGAUGAGAGUAUAAAAAUGAUCAAUAACCUUAUUCAUUGCCAUUGGUGUGAGGAAAGAAUCUUCCAGAAGGAAGGAACUAUGCUUGAAGAAAAUCCAUAUAAACAGCUGCCAUGUGAUUGCCACAAAAGUAUGCCUGGGAGAUCAGCAGCCUUGCUUGGCCCAAUGUGGUCUGGCUCGCUGUUUAACACUGGCUUUCUCAGAAGUAUGCUGUAUGAAGCUACAUCCCGAGGCAUUGGGGAAAUCAACACACUGCUGAAGAACCUCAUAUGUGAAUCUGAAUGCACAACUCUCAAACAGUUCUCUGUUCAUCCCAGUCAGUACAGUCAAGAAGAAAGUGGUGUUUUUAUUAAAAUACCAGUUGUUCGUGUUUUUUUUUUUUUCUUUCCCCCAGGUAAGAGAAAACGUCAGGACAUGAAGACAAAUGUUCCUAAACGUCUGAAAAAUGAAACUCGAGCAGAACAUCCUCCAUUUUAUUAUAGCAUUCACAGACAUGCGAUUGGAGGAUUAAACAUACCGAAAUUGAAUAAAAUUUUGCAGCAUCUCUCAGAAGCUGGAUUUCUGGUGAGCCGGACACAUUUUGAUCCAACAGGAAUCCGUACAAAUGCCCCAUUGGCCACACUAAAAGCAAUUCUUGAGAAGAACAGCUCUGUCUCCUACACUUCACAGUCCAGCAGCUGCAAAGAUACCCAAGAGACGCUACCAGAAGAGCCGCACGCUGUAGAGGUGGCCUCUAUGUCUGAUGAAAAAUAGAAUCCACAUUAUAUGCUAUGAAUGAGGAAAGAAUCCUCUGUCCUUACAGACUGUUGUCAAACAUAAUACAAUGGAAUGCAACUUUCAUACGUGCUCCCUGUAAUGUUGCUGGCUUUCAUUUAGACCAGCCAGUUCACCAGCAAAGCUGACAACA